GGCUGUAAUUCAGAGGUUUCCGGAGCUGCGGCGUAGUCAGGGAGGGAGAGUCUGGGGUUCCGUCGUCGCAGCGCAGGGAGUGAACCCGAACCGGAUCCUUGACGAGCAGCGCCGCUCCGCUCUCUGUGCCCCGUCUGCUAGCAGAGACCCCGCGGCCCGAGGGAUCCCGCGGCCCGCACCCCGGCGCGAGCACACCCUGUCCUGUCGGGCCUCAGCCCGAGAAACAGUUGGGACCUCUGACUGCAGCAGGAUGGCCCAAUGGAAUCAGCUACAGCAGCUCGACACACGGUACCUGGAGCAGCUUCAUCAGCUGUACAGUGACAGCUUCCCGAUGGAGCUGCGGCAGUUUCUGGCCCCUUGGAUUGAGAGUCAAGACUGGGCGUACGCGGCCAGCAAAGAGUCACACGCCACUCUGGUGUUCCACAACCUCUUGGGUGAGAUUGACCAGCAGUACAGCCGCUUCCUGCAAGAGUCAAAUGUUCUCUAUCAGCACAAUCUGCGGAGAAUCAAGCAGUUCCUUCAGAGCAGGUAUCUGGAGAAGCCCAUGGAGAUUGCCCGGAUCGUGGCCCGGUGCCUGUGGGAAGAGUCCCGCCUCCUGCAGACCGCAGCCACCGCAGCCCAGCAAGGGGGCCAGGCCAACCACCCCACAGCUGCCGUGGUGACGGAGAAGCAGCAGAUGCUGGAGCAGCACCUGCAGGACGUCCGGAAGCGAGUACAGGAUCUAGAACAGAAAAUGAAAGUGGUAGAGAACCUCCAGGAUGACUUUGAUUUCAACUAUAAAACCCUCAAGAGUCAAGGAGACAUGCAGGAUCUGAAUGGGAACAACCAGUCAGUGACCAGGCAGAAGAUGCAGCAACUAGAACAGAUGCUGACUGCGCUGGACCAGAUGCGGCGGAGCAUUGUGAGUGAGCUGGCGGGGCUUUUGUCAGCCAUGGAGUACGUGCAGAAAACUCUCACGGAUGAGGAGCUGGCUGACUGGAAGAGGCGGCAACAGAUCGCUUGCAUUGGAGGCCCUCCCAACAUCUGCCUAGAUCGGCUAGAAAACUGGAUAACCUCAUUAGCAGAAUCUCAACUUCAGACCCGCCAACAAAUUAAGAAACUGGAGGAGCUGCAGCAGAAAGUGUCCUACAAAGGGGACCCUAUCGUGCAGCACCGGCCCAUGCUGGAGGAGAGGAUCGUGGAGCUCUUCAGGAACUUAAUGAAAAGUGCCUUUGUGGUUGAGCGGCAGCCCUGCAUGCCCAUGCACCCCGACCGGCCUCUGGUCAUCAAGACCGGCGUCCAGUUUACGACCAAAGUCAGAUUGCUGGUCAAAUUCCCUGAGUUAAAUUAUCAGCUUAAAAUCAAAGUGUGCAUUGACAAGGACUCGGGGGAUGUAGCCGCUCUCAGAGGAUCCCGGAAAUUUAACAUUCUGGGCACAAACACGAAAGUCAUGAACAUGGAGGAAUCCAACAACGGCAGCCUCUCUGCAGAAUUCAAACACUUGACCCUGAGAGAGCAAAGAUGUGGCAACGGGGGCCGAGCCAACUGUGACGCCUCCCUGAUUGUGACUGAGGAGCUGCACCUGAUCACCUUUGAGACUGAGGUAUAUCACCAAGGCCUCAAGAUAGACCUAGAGACCCACUCCCUGCCCGUGGUGGUGAUUUCCAACAUCUGCCAGAUGCCAAAUGCCUGGGCGUCCAUCCUGUGGUACAACAUGCUGACCAACAACCCCAAGAAUGUGAACUUUUUCACGAAGCCCCCCAUCGGAACCUGGGAUCAGGUGGCCGAGGUGCUGAGCUGGCAGUUCUCUUCCACCACGAAGCGAGGGCUGAGCAUCGAGCAGUUGACCACGCUGGCAGAGAAACUCCUAGGACCUGGUGUGAACUAUUCAGGGUGUCAGAUCACGUGGGCUAAGUUUUGCAAAGAAAACAUGGCUGGCAAAGGCUUCUCCUUCUGGGUCUGGCUGGACAAUAUCAUCGAUCUGGUGAAAAAGUACAUUCUGGCCCUUUGGAACGAAGGGUACAUAAUGGGCUUUAUCAGCAAGGAACGGGAGAGGGCCAUCUUGAGCACCAAGCCCCCAGGCACCUUCCUGCUAAGAUUCAGUGAAAGCAGCAAGGAAGGAGGCGUCACCUUCACUUGGGUAGAGAAGGACAUCAGUGGGAAGACCCAGAUCCAGUCGGUGGAGCCGUACACCAAGCAGCAGCUGAACAACAUGUCGUUCGCGGAAAUCAUCAUGGGCUACAAGAUCAUGGAUGCCACCAACAUCCUGGUGUCGCCCCUGGUCUACCUCUACCCUGACAUUCCUAAGGAAGAGGCGUUCGGAAAGUACUGUCGGCCAGAGAGCCAGGAGCACCCCGAGGCCGACACAGGUAGUGCCGCCCCCUACCUGAAGACCAAGUUUAUCUGCGUGACACCAACGACCUGCAGCAAUACCAUUGACCUGCCGAUGUCCCCCCGCACUUUAGAUUCAUUGAUGCAGUUUGGAAAUAACGGUGAAGGUGCCGAGCCCUCCUCGGGAGGGCAGUUCGAGUCCCUCACAUUCGACAUGGAGCUGACCUCAGAGUGCGCCACCUCCCCCAUGUGAGGCGCCGCGGGAGGACCGGAGCCGCAGAGAGAGACAGGGAGGUGCCUACCUGUGUCCCACCCCCACAGCCAACCCCCCCGGAGCGUCGGAACUCCCAGCGCUGUGGUUCCGGAUUUGUCUGAAUCUCCUCCUCCUGCUGUCUUUGAGCGAUCUGGGCACUUUUUUCAAAUAGAGAAAUGAAUGAAUGUGGGUGAUAUGCUUUUAUCUACAUGCAAAUUAAGAAAGCGUUCUCUGAUACUGUGAUCGGGGAUGUGGAAGGGGCGGCUGGAGGGAGAAAAAGGAAACGCUGUUUCUUCUUUGCUCCCCGGCCCUCCUUUCUCAGCAGCUCGCUAGACAAGUGCCUCUGUGCGCGGCGUCCCUCCGCCGGUCUCCGAAGCUCAUGCCACAGGCUGCCUCUAGCUGCGAACCCUGGCAUUGCACUUUUAACCUUGCUAAUGUCCAAAUAAAAGAGAGGACUUGCAAAGCCCCUAGGUUUCUUUUUAAAUUAAAAAAAUAAUAAUAAUUAAAGGGCAAAAAACAUUGUAUCAGCAUAGCCUUUUCUGUAUUUAAGAAAACUCAGUUGAUGGCCUCCUUGGUGCUUUGGGCAUUUGGCUUUCUCCAGGCUGAGACUUUAUAUAAACCCUGAAAUGGGCUUCAGAUCCUGAAAAGAUGUCUGGAGCCGUGGUUUGGCCUUUGGUUUUGAAAUAGGAAGGUUGAAGGAGAACCUAAACAUUCUAGAUUAAAAAAAUAAACAAACAGGGUUUUUAUUUUCCCUUUUAUGUGUUGGCCUGUUAGUGGGUCGGGCUGGCCAGAGGGGUGUUUAUAACUUGUCCCUCUCCUCCUGGGCUCGUGCCCUUGUUCCAGAGCCCAGGUGGAGCUGCAGGUGCCUUGUAAGGAACGGGAUGGUUCUCCUUCCUUCCCCCAGUCCACCUGACCCCCUCGGGUGGCGUGGCUCCUUGCAGUGUCCAAAGGUCCCUCGCCCUGUUUGCUUUAGGACUCCUGGUCUCAGGACUUCCUGGAAUAAGAGGGAGAAAGGUAACAGGUUGAACGUGACUCAGACUGUGGGGCCCCAACGAAGGGUCUGGUUGAGCUCAGGGAAUGUGGUUCCUAUCCCAGUUUUUUGGCGAUUGCCUGCACCUGUAAAUUACUUCUUCACGUGGCUAAGCCAAGGGCGGAGGCUCAGCCCGUCCGUGUGUGAGGGAGUCGCACCCAGCCGCCCCGCCCCCGACCGUUAACUACCACCUGUCCACUGGGGCCCCACAGCCGGGGCAGAACAGGUCAAAUUUACUGUGUCCUUCAGAAUACUUAGGAGCGUGGGGGCUGGUCUGUGAUGUGGGGGCCCCUCUAGCCAGAGGCGUGGCUAGAGUGGGGCAUCCAGAACCACUUUGUAUCAUUUGGUCAGUGUCUGUAGAUGCCCAAAUUGGCCAGCUGCUGAAUUAAGGGGGUAAGGACCUUCUCUCCAAGACCAACGGGUUGCCUCGGCCUUUCUGCCCUCCUGCCUAGCAGUGGUUGGCACGGAGCCCUCCCCUCGCCAGCAGCACUCUUGUUCAUGACUUUGACUCAUGAAACGAGGGAAGGUUUAGACCUGUGGCAAGGAGCCGGGCGUCUCUGGAGCAGAUGCAGCCAACUCGGCGCUUUGAGGCAGCAUUCGUAUCUGGUGGGUCUAACUCCGGUCGCAGCCAAGUUCUGAGAGGAGCCGAGACUUGGUCUGCUCGCUCUCUGAAAGAACCAGGUCCUCCAGAAGCUGCCGGUCUUCCCUCCAUUGUCCACCCCCGCCUGACCCCAGCCCCACCAAGGGGUUCCCAUCGAUCGCUUAACCUACUUACACAGUGGUUUGUAAGCUGCUGUUCUGGCCACUGCAUCCAAUUCCAAUGUAUACUUCAUAGUGUAAAAAUUUAUAUUAUUGUGGGGUUUUUUUUUUUUGUAUAUUGCUGUAUCUACUUUAACUGCCCAAAAUAAAAAUGCAUAGGACCUGUC